AUGAGUACAUUUUACUUUUUAAUAGCCCUGUUCAUGCUUGAAAUUGUAGUAAAUAUACAUAUAAGAAAAAAAAAUUGUUUUUUAAAUAGCACAUAUCAAUUAAAUAAAUACAAAACGUUAAAUAUAAGGAGAAAUUAUCGAAUAAUAAAGAACAGAAAUAAUAAAUUAUAUGUGUCCUUAUUUGAUGAAUAUGAUGAAAAAUGUAUAAAAGCCCUUAUUAUGGCUAGGGAAGUAGCUAAAAAUGAUAAUGAACAGGAAAUUUUAUUAAAACAUCUUCUAAUAGCAAUUAUUAGGAUUGACUCGCAUUUGAUUGAGAGCAUUUUAAAAUAUUUUAACAUUUCGCUUACCCACUUUUUAGAUAAAUUUAAUAUGGAAAUAAAUAAAAUACAAAACUAUAGUAAUAAUAUACAUGAACAGAACAUUGAUAAUAUCUCGUAUAAUGUAAUUCCGAAAAAUAAAACAGAUGAACAUGUAAAGAAGAAAGACCCUUUAUUACAUCCAUAUGAUGCAGAUAGCAAUGGUAAAAGGAGGAGUAUUAAGGACAUGAUCAAUCAGAAUGAUGGCGAUAAGUUGAUGACUAAUUUUAUUGAUAAACAUAUAAAAGAUAUAGAAAACAAGAUAGAUUUACUGAAAAAUUUAAACGAGAACCAAAGUAACAUUUCCUCUACUUCUUCCACUGCUGCUCACAACGCGGACUCACCUUGUGCUGAGGCAGUAACUCCAAAUGCUGACUGUACUAAUAAUGUUAGCAGCACAGAAAAUGGUAUCGGUUAUAGCGAUAGUAGCGUUGCUAGCAAUGAUAACAAUGACAGCGAUGGGGGAAGUACCGAUAUUGUAAGCUGCAACAUUACAGAUCAGGAGACCCACACGAGUAGCAGCAGCAAGGAUAGCCAAGGUAUUACCAAUGAUAUAACGAUAAGUAAGAAUAAAAAGGAUGCAAAAACAUGGUCCGGGGUAAAUUCGGACAUAAAAUUUUCAGAAAACUGCAAAUUGGUUCUUCAAAAUGCUGUUUUAGAAGCAAGAAAAAAAAAGAAAAUGUUUGUUAAUGUUAUUGAUAUAUUGACAUCUCUUAUAAACAUGGCAUUAGAAAAGAAAAACUGCGAUUUUGUGAAAUAUUUAGAUGAGUUAAACAUAAGUGUGAAUGAACUUAAAAACCAGUUAACAAGUUACGAUGAGAACGGCUCUUCCUCUUUUCCAGCAUCGAGCAGAUCUGUUAGUACUAACAUCGGCGGAAAUGCUGAUAAUAAUAGUACAGGUGGCAGUACUGGCAGCAGUAGUGACAACAGUAGUGGUAGUGAUAAUAGCAAAAAUAAUAGUUACAAGAGUUUUAACCUUUCGAGCAGAGAUUUUGAUAAUCAACGAAUAAGCAAUAUGUAUAACGAGCUACGCAACAACGAGCUGCGUAAUAAUGCUCAGGUUAAUAGUGGACAGGCGAACAGUGAACAUCCAAAUAAUGGGCAGACGAAUAAUGGAUUGGCAAAUAACGGACAGCAGAACAACAUAAUGAACAGUCUGAACAGUGAGUACCUAAAUCAGGCAAGAGAUUUCAAAAGUAAUGAUGAAAAUAAUUUUGCAUCGAAUAAUAAAAUAAUUACGUCUUCAUCUUUUAUGAAAGACUGUUUAAUCGAUAUGAUACAAAUGGCUUAUGAAAGGGGAGAUGAGCAUUUUUUUGGCAGAAAAAAAGAAAUAAAAAGAAUGAUAGAAAUAUUAGGUAGAAAAAAAAAAUCAAAUCCUUUAUUAAUUGGUGAAAGUGGAGUAGGUAAGACAGCCAUUAUAGAACACUUGUCCUAUUUAAUUUUAAAAGAUCAAGUACCAUAUCAUUUACGAAAUUGUACUAUAUAUCAAUUAAAUGUUGGUAAUAUAGUUGCAGGUACAAAAUACAGAGGUGAAUUUGAAGAAAAAAUGAAACAUCUAUUGUCAAAUAUAAAUAAAAAAAAAAAAAAUAUUUUAUUUAUUGACGAAAUUCAUGUUAUUGUGGGUGCAGGAAGUGGAGAAGGAUCAUUGGAUGCAUCCAAUUUGUUAAAACCUUUUCUUUCUUCAGAUAAUUUACAAUGUAUAGGAACAACUACAUUUCAAGAGUAUACAAAAUAUAUAGAAAGCGAUAAGGCAUUAAGACGAAGAUUUAACUGCAUACCUGUUAGACAGUUCACAUCCAAGGAAACAUAUCGUUUAUUAAAAAAAAUUAAAUAUAGUUAUGAAAAAUAUCAUAAUAUUUAUUACACUAGUGACUCGUUGAAGUCUAUUGUUACAUUAACGGAAGAUUAUUUACCUACUCUCCACUUUCCAGAUAAAGCAAUUGACAUAUUAGAUGAAGCUGGAGCUUAUCAAAAAAUAAAAUAUGAAAAAUAUAUGAGGCAGAAAUUAAGGCACGAAAGGUUCCUUUCCAAUAAAGAGAACACUCCUACCCACAGCAGAGUUGAAGAAGUGGAAGAAGUGAAAGAAGGGGAAAAACAAAAAAGUAGUGAGGAUAAAAAGGAGAGUCAAAAUGUGAGCAGUGAUAGUCACAUGACGCAAGAACAAAAUGGAAACAACUCUAUAAUAACUAGUAAUAAAGAUGGGAUAGAAAAACUUACUGGAACAGAAACAAAUACCCAAUUAAAUAAAGCGAAUAAGUUCAGCAAAGAUCAGAAUGUAGAUAAUAAAAAUGAAGAAGAUGAACUUUAUCUCGAAAACAUGCACAUGAAAUAUGUGACAUCGGAUGUUAUAGAAAAUAUAGUAAGCAAAAAAUCUUCCAUUUCAUAUAUUAAAAAGAAUAAAAAAGAAGAGGAAAAAAUAUUAAAGUUAAAAGAAAAAUUAAAUGAAAUAAUAAUUGGUCAAGAAAAAGUAAUUGAUAUAUUAUCAAAAUAUUUAUUUAAAGCUAUUACAAAUAUUAAGGAUCAAAACAAACCUAUCGGUACACUCUUAUUAUGUGGGUCUUCAGGUGUAGGCAAAACAUUAUGUGCUCAGGUUAUAUCCAAAUAUUUAUUUAAUGAAGAUAAUUUAAUAGUUAUAAAUAUGAGUGAAUAUAUUGAUAAACAUUCUGUAAGCAAAUUACUUGGAAGUUACCCAGGAUAUAUAGGAUAUAAAGAAGGAGGCGAAUUAACAGAAAGUGUAAAAAAAAAGCCGUUCUCUAUAAUACUAUUUGAUGAAAUUGAAAAAGCACAUAGCGAAGUAUUACAUGUUUUAUUACAAAUCUUAGACAGUGGUGUAUUAAAUGAUUCUAAAGGAAAUAAAGUUUCUUUUAAAAAUACAUUUAUCUUUAUGACUACGAACGUUGGGUCUGAUAUAAUUACGGACUAUUUCAAACUGUAUAAUAAAAACUACGCAAAUUUAGGUUUCAAGUAUUACAUGAAGAAAAAACAAAACAGUGUAAAUGCAAAUAUAACAUCUAACAAAGAAAGUCUUCCCGAUGAUAUUAACCUAACCAUGACAAAUGAUCCCACUAACGAAAACAAAGAAAUAAGUAACAGCUCGAAAAAUAGCACAAAUGAUUCCUUUGAAAUUUUUGACGAAAAACUGCGCACAAAUAAAUGGUAUGACGAAUUACAACCAGAAAUAGAAGAAGAAUUAAAAAAAAGAUUUUUACCCGAAUUUUUAAAUAGGAUAGAUGAAAAAAUCAUAUUCCGCCAAUUUCUCAAAACAGACAUUAUCAAUAUUUUAGAAAAUAUGAUUGAUGAUUUAAAAAAAAGAAUUAAGAAAAGAAAGAACCUAAACCUAAUUAUCGAUAAAGAAGUAAUUAAAUAUAUUUGCAAUGAUGAAAAUAACAUAUAUGAUAUGAAUUUUGGUGCUAGGUCAAUCAGAAGAGCGUUAUAUAAAUACAUCGAGGAUCCAAUAGCUUCCUUUCUCAUUUCCAAUUUGUACGAACCGAAUGAUUCCAUUCAUGUAAACUUAACAAGUGAUAACAAAACAAACGUACAGUUGUUAAAAACCUCAAUUAAAAGUUUGAGUUAA